GAAAUAAACACAAGCAGCGGACGAUACAAAUCAGCGAAUAAGCACCCUAACGACGAAGAUGGCAAGUCCGCGAACAUCCGAGCAGCCCCCGCCUCAUAUUGAUCUCACACAGGCGCCGGUAGCCUUCGGUAGCUGGGCGAUCCCGAGGCUGCUGCUGGAGCUGCAGGACGCGGAGCGGUUCACCCGACAGAGGGCGCUCGCGGCACUCUGCGACCUCGUGCACGACCACGAGCGGGCCUAUGACGCCAUCCUCAGCGGGUGUAUGGAAAGACUUAAAGUUUUGUUGCAAGACGAAGAUGACUUAGUCAGGGUCAAAACCACUGAAGUGCUUUAUGUGCUUGCUUCACACAGCUUGGGGAGAGAUGCCUUUUUGAAACUUGACAUUGUUGGUCCCCUCACAAGCCUGAUUGAGGACCCUGUGAAUGCCUGUCGUAAAAACGUGCACCAAGCACUCAACAGGAUCGCUGAAUUUCCUUCAGGAGCAGUGUUCAUGGUGUCUAUGGGGCUGGUGCCCAAACUGGUGCUGAAGGUCUCUGAUGAAGAAGAGAGCAUCCGUGCUUUAAUUCUCUCCACACUGAGCUGCUGCGUGAGUGUGAACGCCCUUCCUGCGCUGGAGAGUGAUGCGGUUCCUGUCCUGAGAGACCAGCUCUCUCACCCCUCCCCUGCCAUCCGCCGGGCAGCCUCCUCUGCUUUAGUGGGAAUCAGUGUGCCUGCAGAUGGGAAGAUGAAGGUGUGUGAGGAGCAUCUUCUGCCCAUAUUAGUCAAGCUGCUGUCGGAUGAUGACCGAGGAGUUGUCGCUAAUUCUGCAGGAACCAUUAUGAACACAGCUGUUAUCACUAAGGGUAAGAGCGAGGCUCUGGACGCAGGUGCCAUUGCUCCGCUGCUGCAGCUGGUGGUGAGUGAGAAUACAGCGGUGUGUGUCAAUGCCCUCCGUGCCCUUACAGUCCUGGCAGAGGUUCCUAGGGCCCGGGCCCAGCUGCUGGAGCAUGUGCCUCUGCUGAAGAACAGACGAACACACCCGAACACCGUCAUCCAGAGAGCUGCAUCCACUGCCAUUGAAGUCAUCUCCUGGAGACCAUGAGAGAAACAAGAGCUCUCCUCAUACCA